AUGGCGGCUUCAGGGGAGAGUGGGGCUUCGGGCGGCGGAGGCGGCACCGAGGACGCGUUUAUGACCUUUUAUAGUGAGGUGAAACAAAUAGAGAAGAGAGAUUCGGUUCUAACAUCCAAAAAUCAGAUUGAAAGGUUGACCCGUCCUGGUUCCUCCUACUUCAAUUUGAACCCAUUUGAGGUUAUCAUGACUGAACCAGAAAGAACUGACCAAAACCUAACUCUUUUCUUAUUGCAGUUAUCCAUAUUGGUGCAUCCCGACAAAAAUCAAGAUGAUGCUGACAGAGCACAAAAAGCUUUUGAAGCUGUGGACAAAGCUUACAAGUUGCUACUGGAUCAGGAACAAAAGAAGAGGGCCCUGGAUGUAAUUCAGGCAGGAAAAGAAUACGUGGAACACACUGUGAAAGAGCGAAAAAAGCAAUUAAAGAAGGAAGGGAAACCUACAAAUGUGGAGGAAGAUGAUCCUGAGUUGUUCAAACAAGCAGUAUACAAACAGACCAUGAAACUCUUUGCUGAAUUGGAAAUUAAAAGGAAAGAAAGAGAAGCCAAAGAAAUGCAUGAAAGGAAGCGACAAAGGGAAGAAGAGAUUGAAGCUCAAGAAAAAGCCAAGCGAGAAAGGGAAUGGCAGAAAAACUUUGAGGAAAGUCGAGAUGGUCGUGUGGAUAGCUGGCGAAAUUUCCAAGCAAAUACAAAGGGGAAGAAAGAGAAGAAAAAUCGGACCUUCCUGAGACCACCAAAAGUAAAAAUGGAGCAGCGUGAGUGA